AUGAAUGCAAAAGCUCGCUCACAAGCACAGGAGGAGGUCGACCAAGUGCUGCGAGAAAUUGGGCUCAAAAACCUACAGUUACGGCGGCUCACUAGUGUCCUGUUGGUUGAUUCUGAGUUUCUGCGUAUGUGUGACACGUUCGACGAAGCGAAGCGUAUCUUCGAACGAGCAAGUACCGUAGAGGUUGAUCGAUUUUCCAUCGAUAGCGAUACGAAGGAUAUUAUUUCGCUACUGAAGCUAAAGAUUAAAAUUCUGCAGCGUUCGAGAAAAGGUUGUUUGCGGCGCAUUCUGAAAUACAACAACGCACGGAAGGACGAGCCAACGGAACUGCAGGAAGAAGGGUUCAAGAAUCGGCUACAAACCGCACUUACCAAACUAAACAAAAGACACACACAUUUUCGCCGGAGUAUUUUAGACAACAUUUGGAGCAUUGGAGAUAUUUUCCAACUUGAGCAAAUCGAGUCUCGUCUAAAAAAGGCAGAUUUCUUGCAUAGUAUUGUUUGCAAAAACCAUCUAAACUGUUUGCACGUCCUACAAUCUACGAAUCUUGACCUUACCAUUGAGCUCAGCUGUGUUCGGUUGCAGUUCGCCGCUAACUCAUUUUUAGUGUUUGCCCUUGUACACUUUUGUGAACUCUUGCAGACCAUGGAAAGUGAAGAAAGUGUUCGCACAUUGCAUUCGAAGCUGCAACGCGAGAUACGCCGCUCGUUGAACGAUAUCCAGGUGAAUGAAGAAGAGCUAGCAUCGCUUCGUCAGAAAUUGUUCACCUCCGCCGAUAGUCUUACGGCCCAACGCACCAUUGCGAUCGGAGAGCGCGAAAAGCAAGGUCUCGAUCUACAGGAGCACUUGCGUACUAUCGACCUGCUGGAACUAGAUCGUCAGGAAAUUGAAGGCCGUGUUACCCGUCUGAUUGAAGAAAGGGAAGAAAUCCAGAAGCAGCUGGACGAGCGCCGUCGCCUUUUACACGAUGGUAUGCGUGAAAUUGUGCGCCUAGAGCGUCUGAUCGAACAGAUUGAGCAGGAAAUAUCGGAACGCACGGUAAAGUUCCAACAGGAAGCGCAACGGCUUGAGCAGCGACGGCUAGACAUUCUUAACGAUCCUACAGUCAGUCCCGAAGAACGAUCGCGUUUGUUGGCUGAGUGUGAUGCAGAAUUAGUUACACUGCGUCAAUCACACACGAGUAACAUUAAUCUACUUGAAGCACGCUGUGAAGAACUGAAACGCCAGAGCAAAAGUCUCGCUAACGAUGUCGAAACCUUUCGCGACGAAGUAGCACAAAAGCAUCGUGAUCAAAUAGCGGAAUUGGAGAGACAGAAGCUACUAGAUACGACUCCUUCGCAGAUGGCUCUGAUAGAGGCUCAGAUUCAACGGCAACAGGCCGAUUUCAACGAAAAUCUCACCAUGUUGAGUCGUGCACAGGCUCGACCAGAAUACUUCUUCGACGAGCAUGGACGCUACUUUUUCAACGAGGCCGGUGAACGUAUUUAUAAGCGGGAUUCCUAUGCCUCGGAAUAUCGCCUAGGGCCGGAUGGCGAGUGGGUUAAGAUAUCAUCCGCCCUCAGUCUCCAGACAGACGAAAACGGCAUUUACUAUGUGGACAAAUUUGGGCAGAAAAUUUACCAACAGCAACACUUUACCGACGUGUCCGGUGAAUAUUAUCUCGAUGCAGACGGUACACGAGUUUACUUCGGAACCACUAAACCAACGCUGAGUGCAUCUGAUGAAUUCCCUUCACCCUUCGCACGUACCCAACCUCAGCCAACCACCAUCAGUUCGACUGAAUCAUCCAUUUCGGAUGAGGAAUUUCUGCCGGAGUCCGAAUCAAUGCAAGAACUGCGGGGACGUGUAACAAACGAUGUGGCUUACAUUGAAGAAACCGUAGGAGUUGCAUUGCGCAAAGGACUGGCAGCACUUUCCCGGGCCAGACCGGAAGAUCCUAUCGGGUAUCUGGCGGAUUACUUGGCGCUAUUUCAAAAGAACGCAAUGGAAACAACACGACGACAGCAGCUGCUCGCAAGGCUUCGAUUAGACGAAAGUGAUUGUGGAACGCAAAGCCGGAUAUAA